UUUUUUUCAUCUUCACGUUCACGUUCACGUUCACGUGUGUGUGUGUGAGGUCGUGGCUGUUGAUGGUCGAUGGCGGCGACGGCAGCAGCAGCGGCGGCGGUGUGGGAGAUCAAGAGUUAACAGCAUUGAAGAGGACGGUGUAGUUUGCAUUGGUUUGGAUCAUCGAGAAGAUGAGUGCCAUGUAUGCCAACAAGGUCAUGCUGGCGCCUAUGGUGCGCGCGGGCACCUUACCCACACGCUUGCUGGCCCUCCGCUACGGCGCGGAUUUGGUCUACUCGGAAGAGCUGAUUGAUCAUCGCAUGCUGGCCUGUCGUCGGGUGGAGAAUCCCGUGCUCCAGACCAUCGACUAUAUUGAUGGUGAUGGCGAGGUUGCAUUUCGGACUUGUGCUGAGGAGAAAAACCGCGUCAUCUUGCAAAUUGGCACCUCCGACCCUGACCGUGCAGCUCGUGUAGCUCAGAUGAUGGCUGCUGACGUCGCUGGAAUUGACGUCAACAUGGGCUGCCCCAAGCCUUUCAGCAUCAAAGGAGACAUGGGUGCAGCUCUCCUACGUCAGCCUGAUCGUGUUCGCGACAUCCUCACCUCCCUCGUAGCUACAACUACCAAGCCCAUCACUUGUAAAAUUAGGGUGUUACCCACAUUGGAAGAAACCCUCAACCUGGUCAACAUCAUUCAAGACGCGGGUGUUGCCGCCCUGGGCAUUCAUGGCCGUGUUCCCAACCAACGUCCGCGAGAACCGAUUACAGAUUAUCAGUACGAAGCGAUUCGCGCCGUUGCUAAAGCUUGCAGAAUACCAGUCAUUUGCAACGGCGGAUCGCUGGACAUGGAUUCUUAUGAUGACAUUCUGGCCUUUCGGGACAAAUGCGGAUGCUCCUCCGUCAUGGUGGCCCGGGCGGCCCAGUACAAUAUGAGCAUUUUUUCGCCGCAAGGACUGAAGACACAGCAGGAAGUGGUCAAAGACUACAUCAAGAUUGCCGUCGAUUACAAUAUCGUGCUGGACAACAUGAAGUACAAUGUCAUCAAAGCACUUCACAAUUUGACAACGGAGCUUGGUCCCCAACUGCACGCGGUGCGAACAUCCCGUGACCUUGCUGUCAUGUUUGAUCUGGGUGACUACUAUGAUGCCGUCGCUGCCCGACACCGCGAGUUGGAAGCAAGCACAGGCUACUCUCUUCGCUCAACCGACAACUCGGAUGAGCGCAUGGCCAAGGAAGCUCUGCAAAGCUUGCUGAGCCCCGCAGCCGCCUCGGCUGCCGAGGCCGCACUGGCCGCUGACACAGAAGAGGAUGGUCAGCCCGCGCCCAAACAAAGCAAGCUUGACGCCAUCGUCAUGCCUGUGGUGUACACGCGGGCAAAACGGCGCAAGUAUCGCGUUCCCAAGGAAGUGCUGAUGGCGUACACGCAGCGCAUGCAGCUGGAAGAGCCCUCCUUCUCGAGCACACCCGUUAACAAGAAAUUCGUUGCCGUCUGCCACUGGUUGGGUGAACAAUAUGCUACAUCAGCCGGCCAUGGCAAUCGCCGCUAUGCUGAACAAGCCGCCGCCCUUGUCGCUCUGAUUGGUCGGGGCAUGGCGCGCGAUACGGGCGAAGCGAUUGAGUACAGUGCACAGCUUAUGGAUACGGCCUUCAAGGCGUGACGUGUACUGUGCUUUCGACACGUUGAACUCAACUCCGCUCAGGAAACGGUCGCACAAGCUGCGCUUGUUGUGUCGUGUUUUCAACUUGGGCCAGAAUUGAACGACCUCCAAUUA